CGCCUGUCUGAUGAUUAGAUUUACUGUGUGGAUCACGGAGGAGAGGGAGGAUGACUCACUCCGUCUGAUGUGAGGUUCACCCCGCAACAGCUCGGCAGUGCGGUGGCACGCCGGCGGUUCAGGCUGACAUGUCCGCUGUAAUCCAGCAAUACAAGGAAAACUUUAUCAAAGUAUUAAGCUGCCCCCUUUUCCGAGAACAAACGGGUACGGGCUUUGUUUGAAACUUGAGUGUUUCGUCACUUGAUAGUUAGAGUGACCCGUGGAGUCGUGAUUCACCGUGAAUUUCGUGACGGCUAAUUGCCAUGGAAACAGUGCUGCUGCGCUGAGAGGAAAUUGUCCGUAUUAACUUCAGCUUCAACCUUUCCAACAGGGUCGGAUAAACCUGUUGGAUACCUUAAUAUAUAUUUUUUCUUAUAUAUUCUUUUGUCUUGGCUUUACUUUUUCUUUUUUCUUUUUUUUACUGUAAUUUGACAACCAAUCAGGUAAGGACAAUGGAGCAUAAAACUGAAAAGAGGUUCCACAACUUGACCCACGAGCAAGUCCAGGCUCUCGACAAAGUGCUGACUGAGGUGAUCCCGAUCCAUGGGCGAGGAAAUUUCCCCACACUGCAGGUGAGAGCCAAAGACAUCAUUCGUGUGGUGAAAGAUCGACUGGCGGAGAGGGACAUCCAGGUCAAAGAUAUACGCCUCAACGGAGCCACCGCCAGCCACGUCCUGGUGAGAGAUAACGGCCUGGGCUACAGAGACUUGGACAUCAUAUUUGGAGUAGAGCUGCCCAGGCAGGAGGACUUCCAGGUGAUUAAGGAGGUGGUGCUGGGCAGCCUGCGGGACCUCCUCCCAUGUGGGGUUAACAGACGGAAGAUCACCUGCCUCACCAUGAAGGAAGCAUAUGUGCAAAAGAUGGUGAAAGUGUUCAACGAGCACGACAGAUGGAGCCUGAUCUUGCUCUCCAACAACAGAUCCAAAACGGUGGGGCUCAGAUUCGUUAGCUCCCUCCGGAGGCAGUUUGAAUUCAGUGUGGACUCCUUUCAAAUAAUACUAGAUCGCAUGCUGGAGUCUUACUGGGAGAGUGACAGGAGAGAAGAAGGAAAACUGCCCCUGAAUGCCAGGAAUUCAUCAAAGAGGCACAGCAGCAAAGACAAUAACAAGAUACAAGAACAAUCGAGCAGUCGUCAAGAUGUCAAAGAGGAUACUGAAAAAGAUGGAGCGAUGGCAACUGACGCAGGCCCUCCAAGCCCGGAUGAAGCCGAUUCUCCAUUUGAGCUGAAAGAUGAAGAAACGGAUCAUGCAGAUGGAAAGUAUGAGGCGAAAGGACCUGAGGGAGUCGGCCUACAGCAGGUGGAGGAUGAUGUGGGUGGCUGCGAGGGGGUCCAUUCAGAGGAAGACAUGUCAGAGGUGUUUGAGCUUUGUGAAGAAAGCACAGAACAAAAAGAACUGUUGGAUGGUGAUUAUCCCUCGGAAGCAUCAUCAAAAGCUUUUUUCCCCGACACAAGAGAUCCAUUAAUGACACACCCAUGUUUAAAACUACAGACGACUGAAGAAGUGUCCACAAUAAACACUGAUCCAUCAACUUCCGAAGAAAUAGCUCAUUUUGAGACAAGUACAAAGUUAGAGGUAAACAUCGUGAACUGCAAGACGGAAAACACCCCAACUCUGCAAGAUUCCCUCUGUGAAUACUCCUUUCCUCCCCCGGCUAAAAAAACUUGCAGCACAUCACAGGACAUUGUGCCAGACUACUGCCCUUCUCCAAAACUGCAAAGGAAAAUGUCACGGAAGCUGAUCAGCCAGCCUGAAAAGUGGUCCUUACUUACUGAUGUGUCAGACCUUACAACUCAGCUCUUCCCGCCAAUAGAGGUAGUGAAACCUCUUCAGCCAAAAUCCCCUGUACCUGACAGCGUAGACCUUCGUGGCUCAAACGUUUUAUGUCCCGAAUCAGAACAUUUUGAGGGUAAGGACACUCUUACCGUUCCUUCAUACAGUCCAGAACUUACACCUCAGGAAGGUGCAGGCUCGUCUGAUUCUCCAGAACAAACCGUGAAGCCAAAACACUUCAAGAAACCUCCUGAUUUAAAGACUCAAAGAACCGCUGUUUUAACGCCUCAAGUUGAUGAUCAAGGACCUGAACUUCUUGACACCGUUCCAAAUAGUGUCCCUUGUGUUGGUGUAGAAAGUGAGCCCGUCAUCGCCGUUGAGGCAGAGUGCAUGUACGGAGACUUUGAGCAGGCGAUGGACCAUCUUCGCCAACGCCUCAUUGCCACCCACAACCCAGAGGAGAUCCGUGGAGGGGGGCUGCUGAAGUACAGCGAUCUGCUGGUGAGGAACUUCCGGCCAGCCAGUGAGACUGAAAUCAAGUCCUUGGAGCGUUACAUGUGCUCCCGCUUCUUUAUCGACUUCCCUGACGUAAGCGAGCAGCAGCGUAAGAUCGAGGCCUACUUGCAGUGCCACUUCAUCGGCAGCGAGGAGGCGAGCAAGUACGACUACCUGAUGACCCUGCGGCGCGUGAUAGACGAAAGCACGGUGUGUUUGAUGGGACAUGAGAGGAGGCAGACCCUCAAUAUGAUCACUGUCCUUGCUCUGAGGGUUCUGGGGGAGCAGAACGCCAUCCCCAACACAGCAAACGUUACUUGCUUCUACCAGCCAGCGCCAUACGUGUCAGAGCCAAUUUACAACAGUUACUACAUCCCUCAGGCCCAGCCGCCACUUGUCUACCACCCGUACCCUCUGCAUGUUCACAUGCAAUCUGGCCUCGUUUAGCCAAGAUGGCACGCUGGCAUGAAGGCAUGCACUGUAGCAUGGCGCUCUGCAAUCAGAGGCAUGCGUGGAAGUUUUAGCAACAACAGGCAACAAAACGUUGCAGUGUUGUUUAAAGUUUUAAAAUCCCUCCUGCUUAUAACGGAUACUGGGUGGCCAGGGCUGAGACGGACUCAGAGGCUCUUUUUAAGAAGAGCCCAAGAAAAGAAACACGAGAGCUUGUUGAGAGGAUUUCAUGAAAUCUGAGGGGACCUGCUGUACGGCUGGUCCAGUUCAGUUCUGGAGUACCGAUUACCCUCCUGCAUUGAAGGCAUCGUAAUAUGUCUACAUGAUAAACACCUUUAACCUAUUAAGUGUAAUCUGUUGCUUGUUGGCUACAAGGAUCUUGAAACCUUGGUCUGGGAAAAAGUUCGAGUCAAUCGCUGAAUCCUGUGGGGUACAAACACUAUAAAUGUUUUGUGAAUCGUUCGUCUGAACCACAUUCAGCGAUCCCAUACCUGUGUACACAUUGUUUAGAGAUAAGAUGCCGUUUACUGUGGGGUUAGAUUAGACAGUGGUGCUUCCAUAAUGUGGUAAAUUAUGUAUUAGUGGAUGUGAAUUGUGAACACAUUGUGUAAUAAGGAUGCAGUAGCUGAAGGCAGUUAGAGAAUAAAUAAACCAGAUUUAAAAGAUCUGAAUAAAUUGCUUCUGGUAAAGUGAUUACAGCACU